CUCGCUCCACCAGCAAGCACAGGCACCUCCACUGCUUGCCAGCUGACUCGGUGACUCUCGAGUUAUUAUUGCUUUUGAGUUAUUAUUUCGCAAGAUCGUGACAACAACAAUUAAAAGACUGUCUAUUUUUGCCCUGGCGACGCUCAAACAGUUGUGAAAUGUUUGGCGGAUUUAAUAUGUUGCAUGACAUCAUGCCCUCCCGAGUCUUCAAGACCGCCUACAGAGCCUACUCUGUCAGCAUGCUCCCUGGCAACGAAAGGACUGACGUCGAAAAGGGAGGAAAAAUUAUCAUGCCACCCUCUGCGCUGGAGCAACUUACCAGACAGCGGGUUGUGUACCCUAUGCUGUUCAAGUUAAAAAGUGACAGCACAAAAAGGGAAACGCACUGUGGAGUGCUGGAGUUCGUUGCUGACGAGGGCAAAAUCUACCUGCCAAAUUGGAUGAUGCGGAAUCUGUUGCUGGAAGAGGCCUCUCUGAUCACCGCCGAGUGUUUGUCUCUGCCUGUGGCCACCUUUUCAAAAUUCCAGCCCCAGUCUGAGGACUUCCUCGACAUCAGCAAUCCUAAGGCUGUGCUAGAAAAUGCUCUGCGCCACUUUGCCUGCCUGACCACUGGCGACAUGAUCUCCAUCAUUUACAACUCCAAGGUCUACGAGUUGUGUGUCCUCGAGACCAAGCCCGGCCCGGCCGUUAGCAUCAUUGAGUGUGAUAUGAAUGUGGAUUUCGCCGCGCCGGUCGGCUACAAAGAGCCCGAAGUGGAGCCAAAGAAGGAUGACGGCAUGAGCGUUGACGCGUACAUUCCGCCUGAGCCUGCUGGCUUCUAUGCUUUUGCCGGGGCGGGACAGAGAUUGGAUGGCAAGAAAAAGAAGGAGGAAAGUGUGAAUGGGGAGACACCCAGCUCACUGACGACUUCCCAGCAAAGAGGCGCUUACACGAGGGGCAUUCCAGACUACGACUACCAACCAGGGGUCAUAAGAUUUAUGAGGCAUGCCAAGCCACAGCAGGAAAAAGAGGAGGUUGUAGAGGAUUUUAAGUACUUCUCUGGUGCUGGCAGAUCGUUACGAGAAGCCAAGAGUAGAAAGUGAUCUCCAUCUGCUGCUCAUGUACAGAUAAAUUAAGUUUAAGUUUUGGCGUAAGCAUUAAACGUUUUCACAGAAAAA